AUUUCAUCAUCCCCUUCACAAUUGUUGUCAUUGAAAAUGAUUGCAGCUAUACAAUACAAACCAAUACAAUGAUAUUUUUUUUUUCUUCGGUCACAAAAAAUUGCCAACUCUCAUUUUCUCUCUCCUCAGUUUUCUCACUCUACAAAUCCAUUUCUCUUCACUUCAAGAAUUAUUUUGAUAAAAAGAUAUGGCUGUUAUUACCAGUAUUAUGGUAGCGAGUUGCAUUAUGGGAGAUUCUUCACCUCAAAUUAGAGCAAUAUUAAUUUGUAGGUUUAGCAAUUGUGUGUGGCUAUAUGCUUGGUAUGGUUUAUUAAAUUGUAAAUAAAUAAUUUAGGUAAAUGUAAGAGAGAUACUACUCUUGGAUGAAAUAUAAGCAAAAAGGGUAACUGAAAAGUUGAUGUAUCUAGUCUUAAUUUUUAAUCAGAUACAUCAAAUUUUCAACUACUAUUUUUUGCUUAUAUUUCAUUCCAGAGGGAGUAAGAAACUAUACCAUUUUUACUGCACGUUUGGUUUCACUUUUGUGAGAGGCAAAAGUGAUUGUAGAAGUACAAAAUUGAUUUUGACAUGCUUGAGUGUUCUUUUCUCAAGUCGAAUUGCUUCUGCAGAUGGAUUUGAAGUUGUGAUUUAUAGUUUUUUUUCCUUCUCCAAUCGUGAUUUAUAGCAUGAAAUUUAUUGUUCAUCUCACUUUUACAUGAAUAUAUCUAAACAUAUUUCAUUUUAUAUUCAACUCAUUUUUAAGUUUUAACUAAAAUCAAUUUCACACAAUCAAACUAUUUUAAAUCAAUUUUUUGCCAUCAGAAAAUAAAACACACAAAGAAAGAAACCACCUGAUAUAAUAUGGCAGUGUAUGGUGGAAAAGUUAGAAUUGUGGAGGAAACAUGACGAGUUCUGUCCCAAAUCCCAAUGCCUAUCAAACAACAAUGUAGGAUUUACUUAGGAAUAAUUAUGCAAUGUUGGCAUGUUGCCUUAUUGUACCACUUUGUUGUGGCCAUAAUUUAAGAGCAGCAGUAUAUAUUAGCAUGCUCUUCAUUUCUCUAUUGCAUUCAUUGUGCUUAUUGACUUCUUAGCCAGGUACCAAAUAAUUCUUCAUUCUUAUAUAUGGCAAGUUCAUACAUAUUUACUUGCCGUAUGAUAUAUUAUGACACAGUUUCAUGUGACACUGAAUUCUCUCAGGGACAUUGUGUAUUUGAGUAAUGUUGCUUGAGUAACAUAAUCCUGAUCGCAGAAGUCCUUUGACGGGUGGACAUUAUAAGUGGUUGUCUGGAAGUUUAGAUUUUGAACCGAGGCUAUAUUCCUUGUCUCAUAAAGAAACUUCCGAUAUCUGCAUAUUUUGCUAGUCAAAUUGUUCUCUGAUGUCAGAAACUGACAUGGCAAUUAUUAAACCUGAGAUGAUGAAGCCUUAUGUGUGGCUUCAAACAUCCGGUGAUUCAAUCCAACAAGUGGAACAAGAGAUUGCGAUGUUUUGCCCAUUUAUAUGUCAAGAAAUAAUACAAAAAGGAACGGGAUCUUCCAAGAAUUGUGCAAUAUGUCUUCCUCAACAAGUCAGUCCUGCAAUGUUGAGCUUAAUUCUUGAUUAUUGUCGAUUUCAUCAAGUACCAGGCCGCUCAAACAAGGAACGGAAGUCUUAUGAUGAGAAAUUUGUUAGGAUAGACACAGGGAAGCUCUGUGAGUUGACGUCUGCUGCAGACAGCCUUCAGUUAAAGCCAUUGGUUGAUCUUACUAGUCGUGCACUAGCUCGAAUAAUUGAAGGAAAAUCACCGGAGGAGAUACGUGACAUAUUUCAUUUGCCUGAUGAUCUUACAGAGGAAGAGAAAUUGGAGCCUUUGCGAAACAUAACUGACGACCCAAGGAUCAGGCUUUUGAACCGCUUGUAUGCCAAGAAGAGGAAAGAACUUAAAGAACGUGAAAGGAUAAAGAAUGUUGAAGUUGAAGAAGAGCAUGUAGAUGAGCGUUCAGUUGAUGACCUUUUGUCUUUUAUUAAUGGAAAUGAUGGAGAUCCAAAGGAGAUUAAAACUUCCAAGAAUAAAAAGAAGAACCGAAGGAAAAAAGACCAACAAAAGAAUUCUUCUUUGCAGGAAACAUCUGUUCCACUUGAUAAGGUUGAGGUAAACGGUCUUAACAUUAGACACCAAAGUUCAGAAGCUGAUAGACCCUGUGAGUCCUCAAAUUUACACCAUACAGACGAUAGUCCUAUGGAUGAGUUUGAUGAUGGUGAUAUAGACGAUGAGAUUGAUCCGGCAUUAAAAGCAAAAAUCGACAGGGAAGUGGAAGAUUUUGCCCGCAGAUUAAAUUCUGACUGGCCGGAGAGAAUGCAAGACUUUUUGAAGUCAGCGCAAGAAAGGAAGACAAUGCUUUUUACCACCAACGGGGAUGGUUUUCUAAGUCGACAUGCUUGACUGGACUUUCAGAAUGGAAAUGAAUCCUCAGAUGGCCAUUGGCUUGAAAAUUUUGAGAUGCUGGCAAGCACAAGAGAAGUGUUGUAUGUCAGUUCUUUUUCUUUUUUUAUUUGUUUUGUUUUAAGGAAUUAUUAACCUUAGGACGCUUGUUAAGGAUUCAAAAUAAAGUAUAUUACAAGAAAAAUAAAGCUCCUCAAGUUUUCUUUUUGGAUAUUGUGAAAUAUUUAAUUUUGUUAUUCAUUAACAAGUGUCCUUGGCAAGUUUCUAUUGUUUUGUUUUUUGUAGUUCAUUUUUAUGUGCUUCUAUCAUGUAUAUGGAUUUUUACUUAUCAUUUCUUUUCUGCAUUUGCAUUUAUUUGCACAAUAAUUAGGAGUUUUAAUGUAAUCGUUGGAGUUGUUAUUGUGUGAAUAUGUGAUCAUGGAUUUAAGAUUCGGCAUGAAUUUUGUUUUA